GGUAUAAAAGCUUUGGCCCGACUGGCUAAUAGCAUCAGUCAACGCACUUCCUCCAAUCUUUGAGAACGUUCGUCAAACACAAAACCCCAAAAUAAAUAUCAACAUGAAGUUCCUCAUCUGCUUGGCUCUCUUCAUCGCCGCCGCCCAGGCUCAUGUUGUGACCCCAGCCGUGGCCACCUAUGCCGCUGCUCCGGCCCUGACCUACGCUGCUGCACCAUCCCUGGCCUAUGCCGCACCGGUGACCACCUAUGCCGCUGCCUAUCCACGUGCCUACUCCGCCUAUGCCCCUUCGGUCUACUCCUCAGCGUAUCUGGGAUCGCCCUCGGUCUAUUCGGCAUAUGCUGCUCCCGUCACCACCUAUGCCGCUGGUCCCGCUGUGGUCUCCACCUUGCUGAAGAAGUAAGCGCAUUGAAUCAAUCAAAUAUAAAAUGGAAUUGUGUCAACGAUAAAUGCAAAAUAACAUUGUGAACAAAUAAAAUUAAAAUUUGGAAA